AUGUCACGCCAAGAGUCAUCUCCGCCUUCAUUAACACAACUUUACAAAACUCGGUCAACCAUUUCGCUUUCACAAAGGCAUACUGCCAGAUCUUCUGGUUCACCGUCUCGUUCAUUUCACAUGCCGAAUUCCCCACUCAGCGUUGUAUUUAAUAUUCCGGAAAAUGAUAUCGAUGAAAAUAUAGAAUCUACCUUUUUACAAACGUCACGAAUAAACGAAAAUGACGAUAAUAGAAUCUAUCAUCAUGAAAAACCUACAUCAAGUUUCCGAAAGCGACACGCUCAACGUCAUUCCGUAGGCCCGAUUGAACCUAAAGAUUCGCCUUGUGCAUUCGAAUGCUACGGAAAAACUUUGGUCGAUAAAUUGAAUCAAUUUUCUCAACGGAAUAUUUACACUGUUGUCAAAUGUGUGAAACAUCAAGAUGGUGGGUCGGAAAAAAAUACAACAAAGUGGGAAUUUUUAAAAAAAAUUUCUAAAAUAUUUAAGAAAUUGAAAAAAGGCAAGAAAGAAAAGGUGAUUUGUGGAACCGGCAAGUAUUCGGAAACCAUAACGGUCAAGAGAAUAAAAGAUGGAAAAAAGAUGGUUGUAAAACGUGUUGAUAAGGAAAAAUUACCGCCAGUGGAAUAUUUCACAAAUGCUCACGAGACCAGUUGUGCAUGUAGUUCAUGUCGUGAACUUUUACGAACGGAGUCAACACAACUUAUACGACGCACACGAUCCACUCUUACAUCCACAUCGUCGUUGCCCGCACACGUAAAACCUCGAUCGAAUUCAGUAUCAUCCGAUCCAUCCCCUAUUUCCCAACAGAAAAAAGAUAUUUUUAUUAAUUUUGCAUACAGAUCGGCAUCACUACCAAACCCAACUUCUCCCAUAUCAGAGAAUGGUACAUUGCCGGAAGUUCGUGAGUUGGCGAAUUCACCUAGAACGUCAUUAUCGUUCACAGUUAAUAACAAUCCCCCAAAUACAUCCAAUCCGCAAACUUCUACAUUGAUAGGUCAGAUGGGAGAGUCAUCGAAUUCACUAUCAAUAUCAACUAUAUCAUCACCUUCAUCACAUGGGGUGCCAUUGGAACUUAAGCUUUUAUCAGUGCAUAGUACGGACGGUUUACCAAAACUUGUAAACCAUUUUAGCGAUGAAAAGUACUAUUAUUAUAUUACAAAAAUGCAUGGCGUUAAACAACGCAAAUGGAAAAAACCAAGAAGUUGGCAUUUAAAAAAGUAUUGUGAUGUUCAUUGGGACGAAUACGUUUGUUGUUGA